GAGAGAUGGCUACGGCGUCGUUUAGGUGGAUCCUGCAGCUACACAGAGACGUACCCAAAGCGGCUCGAUUCUAUGCGCAAGGUCUCGACUUCUCCGUCAAUAUCGUCACUUUACGCUGGGCUGAGCUCGAUUCUGGUCCUCUCAAGUUAGCUCUUAUGCAAUCUCCUAGCGAUCAUAUUGCGGAGAAGGGAUACUCAUCGCUUCUGUCAUUCACGGUCACAGACAUUAAUACAACAGUGAACAAACUUAUGGCCUUAGGAGCAGAAUUAGAUGGCACUAUCAAGUAUGAAAUACAUGGAAAGGUUGCGGCCAUGAGAUGCCCUGAUGGUUACAUGUUAGGUCUUUAUGAGGCUGCAUAAGCAUAUGAACAGAUUUGAAGCCUGAAAGGAAGCUAGUUUUGCGUAGGAUAUAUUUUGUUUAUAGAAAUCCUAUUCAUUAGAUCUUUGAAGCUAUUGUUUACUUCUAAGAAAGAUAAGCCACUAUUUGAGAAGUUGAAAACGGUGAACCGCCUGUCCUGCCUUUGGUUUCUAGGGCGUGGCUAUGAAGUUUAUUGAGUAGGAGAUUGUAUUGCCAUGAACUUGGGAUCCUAAACUCAUCUCAUGAUCAAUAAGAGAGUUGUUAUUUUAUGCCCCUGUUAGGGAAACUAUGAUUCUGAUAAGCCUUACUAUAUACAAAAGGGCCAGAGAGAUUAAUAGGUAACUUUAACAUGCUACUCAA